ACAGGGGCGGAGAGAAGGCGGAGCUUAGCUCUCCCGCAUUGACACUGUAGAGUGCGUCCAGCACAGAGCGCAGUGAUCUCCUCCUCCAUCACACAGCCCGGAGAUAGAGAGAAAACACAACACAACUUCUACAAGUAACUUUCCCCGCACUCACUCCGUCCCCGGGAUCUCUCCAGGAUUACACCGACCCGGACAGUGUGCAGCCCGAGAGCCGAGAGCAGCAUCCGGACUCACUGCGGAUUCCACAACUAGUCGGCUCCUCUUCCCGUCUGUAGAGCGCUGAACAUGACGUGACAUUGGAAGAGAGUGACACCAGUGUGACCCCUCGGAGCCUCAGCAUGGAGCUCAAAGUGUGGGUGGAUGGAGUCCAGCGCAUCGUGUGUGGGGUGACCGAGGCCACUACCUGCCAGGAAGUUGUCAUCGCUCUGGCACAAGCUAUCGGUCGCACGGGCAGAUACACGCUCAUAGAGAAAUGGAGAGACACGGAGAGACAUUUGGCUCCUCACGAAAAUCCAGUGAUUUCAAUAAACAAGUGGGGUCAGUACGCCAGCGAUGUGCAGCUAAUUCUGCGACGCACAGGGCCAUCUCUUAGCGAAAGGCCCACGUCGGACAGUAUAUCUCAUGUACCUGAACGGACUUUGUACAGGCAAAGCCUGCCACCUCUGGCCAAGCUACGGCCGCAAAAUGACCGCUCCAUAAAAAGGAGAGAGCCAAAGAGGAAAUCGCUGACCUUUAGCGGCGGGGCCAAAGGACUUAUGGACAUUUUUGGCAAAGGCAAAGAGUCGGAAUUUAAGCAAAAAGUGCUUAACGGCUGUAAAACCACAACUGAUGAGCUGAAAAAGCUAAUAAACCUACAAACGGAGAAGCUUCAGUCUCUCGAGAAGCAGCUGGACUCCGGUGAGGCCGAGAUCCGAUAUUGGGAGCAGAAGUACAAGUCGAAUUUGGAGGAGGAACUCGGAAAGUUAGAGCAAAAAGUCAAACGUAACGAUGUUGAGAUUGAGGAAGAGGAGUUCUGGGAGAACGAGCUUCAGAUUGAAGUGGAGAGCGAGAAGCAGCUGAGGGAGCAGCUGCAAGAGAUGACCCAAAGGAUGCUCCAGUGCGAGAACCAAAUAAAGGACUACCAAAACAAAAUCCACACCAUUGAAAGCGGCAUUGAGGCAGAGAAACUACAGAGGGAGGUUCAAGAGUCUCAAAUGAAUGAAGAAAUCGUCAGGGGGAAAAUCGAGAAGAUCAAAGGAGAGUUCGAAAUCCAAAGUCAAGAAAGCCAACGGCUGGAAAACGGCAGCAAGGCGGUGGAGAGGUCACUGGGACAGGCGGCAAAGCGGCUCUUGGAGCGUGAGCAGGAAUUGGAGCAGCUGACCAAAGAACUCCGCCAGGUCAACCUUCAGCAGUUCAUCCAGCAAACCGGCACCAAGGUCACGGUGCUUCCAGCAGAGCCCAGUGAGAUUGAAUUCCCUCAGCCAGAAAAAGAGCCGACCUUCCAGUCGGGAUCCUUAAAAAGGCCAGGCUUUUCCAGGCAACUUCCAAGCAACCUGCGUAUUCUCCAGAAUGCCUUGUCAUCAGGAUUCAACCCAGAGGGCAUCUACGUAUAACUUCGCAGCACUUUUGACUUGGCACAGCCAGAGGAUAGUUCAUACUUCGGCCACUCAGCUGAACACUAUGGCUCUGUCAUGCUCUUUACGUUCCGCUGCCUCCCUUCAAACAACCCAGAGACUUUCCAGGAAAGCUUGACGGAGGAUAAGCCAGCGAGUACGAGCCAAUAGGACAUUGCUAUCGUCAGCAACACUUUUAUAGCCUAACCUACUACAAAAAUACUUUUUUUUUUUUCCGAAGUAUUAUUUCUUACAAAUCGGUGUGGAACAUUGUGUAAGCUGAUACUAGAGAUGUUACUGGCACACACGAAUAAUGAAAGUGAUAUUAUAUAAAUAUAUGCUUAUCUAUUUUUCCACUUAGCAAUUUUGUAUCUCAUACACGGAUGAAAAAAUAAUGUAUUUGUUACAUAUUAUAUGUCCUGUAUUUCAUUUUUGUCUUCGAUAUUCAGCCACAGCAGUGUUACUUCAAGGCUCCGGUUGGUCUUAUUCAUGGCGGUCAUUGUGGAGCAAUAAUUUAAAUAGUAUUAAUUGUCAUUUAAAUCCAAAGGACAUCGAGCGUCUAAGAAAAAAAUGAAUGAUGUAAUUUUUCUAAUUUUCUUUCAUCCCACCUUCUAGUAGUCCAUGAUAACUAAGCCAAAGAAAAGUGAAAGUAACUAAGCUGAUAAGGAAGUUAGGAAAUUAGAGAGGUGAGAUGGUCUGGAAGUUCAGCAAAUAUAUCAAGUCACUCUUUUUGAGGUACAAAACCAAAUUUGUGCUCUAAAAGACAACAUUCAGUGUAUAUGAAGAGAUGUGAUGAAACACUUGAUAGUUGGCUAAGAACAAAUUGACUGGUCCUCUUUAGGGAGAUUCAACCUUUUUAUCACAGAAACAGAACCUGAUGGAAAAUCCAAAAUGUUACUGUUGUCACCAGAACAAAAUCUUCCCGUGGGAUCCCCUGUUCCAGGAACAAGUUUCUUAGAGGGGAACUCUCCCUUCCUCUUGCAUUUGUGGGACAGGAAUUAAAGGAAAAUCUCCCAAAGGGAGGCACACUAGGGCAUUCCAAUAUCUUAUUCAUUCCAAGAGGACCUGUUACCUUAUAAUCAGUCACUUCCCUGUGUUGAUGAUAGAUCAGUGCAUUUCUCUGCAUUAUUUUCAUUACCUGUAUACCUAUAUUCAUUGUAUCCUGUCUCUUAACAGCCAGUGAGGAUGUAAACCACCGAUUCAGGAAAGGUACCGAGAUAACAACUAAGCCAAUAUUGUUCCCAAAAACCUUGUAUGAUGAUGAUUAUUAUACAGGCUUUAUAUAGCGCCAACAGUUUGCGCAAUGCUUUACAACAUAGGGGCAGACAGUACAGUUACAAUACAGGAGAAAUCGAAGGGCCCUGCUCUUAUAUUAUACACUUAAAGAAGUACAUUCAAAGCUGGUUUGGCUGUACUAUUGUGGAUCAGCAGUGCUGUUCGUUCUGUACUCCUUUACCCCAUUUUCAUCAGACAGCGGGCUAAAGUCCACUGUUGGUUGACACCACAGAGCCGAUCCAGGCUUGGGCAAGAACAAUGGAGUCUGGAUCUGCCCACAUGCUUGGACCGGAAUCCGACUUAGCCUCGCUGCAAGCUGCUGAGAGCCUGAGAUGGCUGCUCCUCCACAGCCCAGUGAGUGAGGGGGGGGGGGGGGGACAGAGCAGAGAGCUGCGGUCAGUCAGAAGCUCUCUGCUUAGGGAGCUGUGAGAACCGAGCGAUCCGUGGUGUUUGAUCACUCAGUUAUCCGUAUUUGAGGCUCCACAAGAAGACAGAUGCUGCAUCCACCUAGGUAAGUAUGGUUCCAAAAAAACAACAUACAUCUAUUUAUUUUUUAUUUUUUUAAAGUGGUGUUCGACGGCGUAUUUGACUUUUGUUCUACUCACAAGAUCCACAGGCUCCAAUGCCUUCCAGGUAGGGAGCCGCACUCUGAGGUGCUGUGGGUGAAAGGCCAUAUGAUGGCUGGUCAAUUAGAAAACAAAUAACAUGUAUGUACAGGAAAAUACA